AUGGUACGGACGCACACGGUGCUGCUGCUGGCGGUAGCACUGUGCGGCGCCGCCACCACGCUCGACUCCGAACUCGGGCUAGGCAAGGCGAUCAACAUAUUUAUGAGAUAUGGCUACCUCAGCAUCUGCAUGCGGGUGGUCCCUCGCAACGACACGGAAGGCUGGGUGUUCAGGGAGCCCACAGUCUCCGUGUUCAGGGAGGUGGAACAGUACUCCAUCGCGCCAACUCCUCGUCACGCGAAGACACUCUUCGACGGAGACUUCCACAUGGAGUUCUGCGAUAACCUGAAGCAGUUGCUGCAGGCUUACUUUAGGGAUUUUAGCUUUGAAAGACUAGAGCGUCCAUGGCGUGCAUUCACUGCUGGCUGGCCGACGGACAUCAUGGCCAGAAACCUAGGCAUCAACUCUUCCUUCAUCAAUGGAGAUCACUGCUACGUUCUUGUUAGAGUUUCCAGGUUUCGUGAAACAGCCAAAUUGAGUGAUUUGCCAGGGAAUAUAGCCGUGGAGGAUGUAGUCUAUGACGCGAUACAGGAGGCCAACAUAGGCGACACAGCAUCCAUCGCUGAUUUUAUUAGAAAGUACGGUUCCCACUACAUUGCGUCGUAUAUCACUGGCAACUCGUUAUAUCAGGUAUUUGUGUUUUCCCGUGGCGUGUACACCAGGAUUAAAGAACGCGUCAAGUCCCGAGGUAUCUCUGACAUACCGAUCUCUGAGAUGAACAACUUCUUCUCUCCACUCUUCGCCGAACAUGUUGGCGCUGUCAAGGUGGCUAGUGGCAAUAAAACUGUAGAAAACUGGGCGAUGAAGCGCCUAAGGGUUCACUACUAUAUUUUCUCAUACCCCAGCUUACUAAAGCUGCAUGGAGAACCUUCAUUACUUAGGAGUCUGGACACCUUACUAGGAAACGAAGCCUUAUUGCAGUUAGAAUUAAAGACAUUAUCCCCUGCAUUUAAGGACGUGAAGAAGAAGAAAUGGUUUGAAGAAGUCAUAGACAAUUAUUUAAAACUUUGGGAAAGUAAUAUGUGA